AUGGCUUCUUCCUUUAUUUAUUUUAACUCCCUUCUUUCUUUCUUUCUUUCUUUCUUUAUUUAUUUUACCACCCUCUUUCUUCCUUUUACCUCCCACUUCUUUUUUCUUUAUUUUACCACCCUUUUUCUUUCGUUUUUCUUUCUUCGUUUCUUUUAUCGCCCUUCUUUCUACGUUUUACUCCCCUCUUCCUUCUUUCUGUAUUUUACGCCCCUUAUUAUUUCUUUCUUUCUUUUUUCUUUCUUUCUUUUUUCUUUCUUUCUUUUUACUUUCUUUCUUUCAUCACCCUUAUUGCAAAGUUUAACUUUCUCUUCUUUUUUCUUUAUUUUACACCACUUAUACUUUCUUCCUAUCUUUCUUUCUUUCGUUCUUCUUUCGUUCUUUCUUUCGUUCUUUAUUUCUUGUUUUUUCUUUCUUUCUUUCUUUUUUCUUUCUUUCUUUCAUGCUUUCUUUAUUUUAUCUCCCUUCUUUUUAUUGUUUCCUCCCCUCUAUUUAUUUUACUUCCCUUAUUCUUUCUUUUUCUUCUUUCUUUUUUCUUUUUCUUUCUUUCUUUUACCUCCCUUUUUUAUCCUUUUUACCUCCCUCUUCUUUCUUUAUUUUACCUCCCUCUUUCUUUCUUUCUUUCUUUCUUUUUAUUCCUUUCUUUCUUUUACCUCCCUUCUUUCUAUCAUUAUUUUACUUUUCGACCCUCAUUCUUUUUUCUUUCUUUCUUUCUUCCUUCUAUCGCUUGCUCCCCUUUCAUUAUUUAUUUUCUAUCGCUUGCUCCCCUUUCAUUAUUUAUUUUACGCCCCUUAUGCAUUCUUUCUUUUUCUUUCUUUUUUUUCUUUCUACCUUUUACCUUCCUCUUCUUUCCUUGUUUUACUUCCCUCUUUCUUUUUUCUUUCUCUCUUUCUUUUAUCUCUAUUCUUUCUAUCUUUUACCCCUUUUUAUUUAUUUAUUUAUUUUACGCUCCUUAUUCUUUCUUUCCUACUUUUUCUUUCUUUCUUUCUUUCUUUCUUUUUAUCUCACAUCUUUCUAUGCUUUUCUCCCCUCUUGUUCUUUUUUUAUUUUAAGCCCCUUAUUCUUUCUUCUUUCUUUUUUUCAUUUCCCUUUUUUCUGUAUUGUAAGUGCAAACUUAACCACAUGAGUCAAUUUUAUCCUGACUCCUGUCACUCUCUCUCUCUCUCUCUCUCUCUCUCUAUUCUAAUCAAAGAUUCUCUUCGUCAUUUCUUAUUCUACUUUUCUUUUCACUAA